AUGAAGUUCAUUACAUUCGCUUUCUCUGUUGCACUCAUCUCUACAACUUUAGCUGAAAUAUUGACUGUUCAGUUUUACGCCGAUUCAACUGACUCAACAAUCAAUGCAAAGCCGGUUUAUUCAAUUCGUAAUGGACUUGUCACAAACCACUUUUUUCUAGGGGCUUUUCCCGAAAUUUACCUGUACGAUACAGAAACCCAUGAACUUUACUUUUUAGACGGUUUUAAGGACUAUGUCGGCCUUCUAGAUGGUUACCUCUCCCAGGGUGUCACCGCUGCUAAGGCUGCUAUUGUUGAUGAUAAGUUAUCCAUUAAUGAAAGUAUCAACUUUUAUGCGUCAAGGCCAGAGGGGUCUGCAGAGAAUUUCGUUAUCCGUGUAGCUAAGAGUGAAGGUGCCAUCCCAAUUACCCUCAGGGUUGGUUACCCCAAGGGAAAACCAGAAACCCCUUCAUCACCUGUACCUCCUUCAUCACUUAACCCAAUUCCAUCAGGUUACACUAAUGCUACCAUCACAACUACUUUGACUUAUACUGAAGGCCACACUACUGUGGUCACUGUUACUACUUGUCCUCCAACAGUCAUAGACUGUCUAGCCAGACACACACCACAAGUUGUCACAACAGUUAUUCCAGACAUCAAAACUACUACGUACUGUCCAGCAACUACUUCCCCAACGUAUGUGCCAUACACUGCAUACACCUCUACUAUUGCCGGCGAGGCUACCGUUAAGACGACAGCACCAGUGACCGAAGUCCCCAACCUAGCCGCAAAAGCAGGUUCUAUUACUGGAAUUGGAAUUCUUGCCGCUGCAGCCUACUUAUUUUAA